GACGUUUCAAAGUUGCUUCUCCGGGUGUUUGAACAGGAAGGCGGACAUGUUGGUCACCAGUGGGAGAAAAUCAGGCAUCGUCUGUUUUUUGAAAAAUAACAGAUCUAAAGCAGCUUUAUCUAUGUAGAACCAACACGUUUUCCGUCUGUAUCGGUCGCUUUCGAUGCCAACGUGAGGUUUAGUGCGAAAGCAACGCAAUGAAAGGUUUUAACCAGACCGUGUUUUAAACUGAUCGACAAUUGGAAGGAUAUCUAGCUGGCUGAGUUCAUAAGUUUUUUUUUUCACCACUUCUACUUUGCAGCUGUCAGACUCGAUUGUCUUUUUUGUUGCAAGGGCCUGACACUGAUAUAUGGACAGAGGCCUCGAAGUAAUGUCUACUUUGCUAACUAUUGGAUUUUUAAAAACGGUUUAAGUUUUACUCUUUGGAUGUAUCGAUAUACUUUUAAGUCCUCCUCCGCGGCAUCUGCGGACGCCGACUGUAAUCUGUUGAUGCAUUUAGCUCUUGAAUUGCUGAAGUUGUCUGCCAAACCUGAACAAGGAAACUGAUUUUCUUAAAAUGUGGCUUUUGAAUAUCAAACGCCACUUCAAAUAUUUCAUCGUCUGUGAAAAACUGAGAAGAGACACGUUUCUUUGAUUGUACCUGUGGUUUCCAAUUUACUGUAACUGAGUUCACGCAAAGGAAUCGCUAGUCCUUUGGUGAGAUUUCUAAUUUUAAUUGUAACACCGGUGUGGAACUCUCCUUGACUGCAAGAAUGUCGGCUGGAGAAAGUUUGGAGGCUCGUUUUGAGAAAAUCGAUGCCAUGUUGAAGGACCCGAAGUCGGAAAUAAACACGGACUGCCUUUUGGAUGGCUUGGAUGCGUUGGUGUAUGACCUUGACUUUCCAGCCUUGAGGAAAAACAAAAGCAUCGACAAUUUUUUGAAUAGAUAUAAGGACACCAUCAGUAAGAUCCGAGACCUACGGAUGAAAGCGGAGGACUAUGAGGUGGUCAAAGUUAUUGGGAGGGGGGCGUUUGGAGAAGUGCAGUUGGUGAGACACAAAGCCACAAAGAAGGUGUAUGCCAUGAAGCUGCUAAGCAAGUUUGAAAUGAUCAAGAGGUCGGACUCCGCUUUCUUCUGGGAGGAGAGGGACAUUAUGGCCUUUGCGAAUAGCGCCUGGGUGGUACAGCUGUUUUAUGCCUUCCAAGAUGACCGCUACCUCUACAUGGUGAUGGAGUACAUGCCUGGCGGAGAUCUGGUGAACUUGAUGAGCAACUAUGACGUCCCUGAGAAGUGGGCCCGCUUUUACACCGCUGAGGUGGUGCUUGCUCUGGAUGGGAUCCAUGCCAUGGGUUUCAUACACCGGGACGUGAAGCCUGAUAACAUGUUGCUAGACAAAGCAGGCCACUUGAAGUUGGCAGACUUUGGGACCUGUAUGAAAAUGAACAAGGAUGGCAUGGUACGAUGUGACACAGCUGUGGGAACGCCAGACUAUAUUUCGCCAGAGGUACUAAAAUCCCAGGGAGGAGAUGGAUAUUACGGCCGCGAGUGUGACUGGUGGUCUGUGGGAGUCUUCCUCUAUGAGAUGCUUGUUGGUGACACACCAUUUUAUGCUGACUCGUUGGUUGGGACCUAUAGUAAGAUCAUGAACCACAAGAAUGCCCUGACCUUCCCCGAUGACAGUGACAUCUCCAAGGAUGCCAAGAACCUUAUCUGUGCCUUCCUGACUGACAGGGAGGUACGGCUGGGUCGCAAUGGGGUGGACGAGAUCAAGAGACACGCUUUCUUUAAAAAUGACCAGUGGACAUGGGAGAACAUCCGAGAGACGGCGGCCCCAGUGGUGCCUGAGCUGAGCAGCGACAUUGACACCAGUAACUUUGAUGACAUCGAGGAAGACCGGGGAGAUGAGGAGACCUUCCCCAUACCAAAGGCCUUUGUGGGCAACCAGCUGCCCUUUGUGGGCUUCACCUAUUACAGCAGUCAUCAGUUUCCCCGGAGCUCCAGCACCAAGUGUGUUGACAAACGCAGCAGCUCCACUAAGGAGGACAAGAGCCAUCUGGAGAACCUACAGAAGAGGAUCUACCAGUUAGAAGAACAGCUCCACAGUGAGAUGCAGCUAAAGGAUGAAAUGGAACAGAAGUGCAGGACCUCGAACUCGAAGCUUGACAAGAUCAUGAAAGAGCUGGACGAAGAGGCCAACGCGAGGAAGGGUGUAGAGGCCAGCAUGUCUCAGCUGGAGAAAGACAAGAUGAUGAUCCAGCACCGAGCCACCGAAUACCAAAGAAAGGCCGACCAGGAGGCAGAGAAAAGACGCAACAUGGAAAAUGAGGUGUCCACCCUGCGGGAGCAGCUUGAGAAUAUGAGGAAAAUCAGCCAAAACUCUCAGGCUUCUAAUGACAAGAUUCUCCAACUGCAGAAUCAGCUUGAGGAGGCCAAUGACCUGCUGCGGGUGGAGUCCGACACGGCGGCGCGUCUACGGAAGAGCCACACGGAGAUGGCCAAGUCCAUGAGUCAGCUGGAGGGGCUGAACCGAGAGCUGCAGGAAAAGAGCCGUUCAGCGGACGGGGGGAGGGCCCAGCUGGAGAAGGAGCUGCUGCAGCUGCAGAACACCUUGGACUCUGAGAGGAGGAACUACAGUCAGGGGUCAGAGGAGAUCCGCCAACUGCAAGCCCGGAUGACGGGUCUUCAAGAGGACAAUAAGAACUUGAAGCUCAGUCUGUCCAAAGUUGAGUCGGAACGGAAGCAAGCCCAGGAGAGGAGCAACAACUUGGAGAAGGAGAAAAACAACCUGGAGAUCGACCUGAACUACAAGCUAAAGAUCCUUCAGCAGCGUUUGGACCAGGAACAGACAGAACACAGGGUGACGCGGGCCCAGCUCACUGACAAAUAUGAGUCCAUUGAGGAGGCCAAGUCAGCUGCCAUGCAUGCGGUGCAGCUGAAGGUGUCGGAGGAAAGUGCAGCGCGAAUGCGAGCAGAAAGCAGGGUGGUGGAGGUGGAGAAGCAGUGCUCCAUGCUGGAGUUUGACCUGAAGCAGUCCGUGCAGAAGAUGGAGCAGCUAAUGAAGCAGAAGGAGAGGCUGGAGGAUGAGGUGAAGGCUCUGGGGAUGCAGCUCGAGCAGGAGUCCAGUAAAAGGCUGCUGGCGCAGAACGAGCUGAAGAGCCGCUGGCAGGAGGCGGACCGGCUGAAGGGUUCGGAGAAGCAGUUGAAGCAGGAGAUCAACACGGCUCUGGAGAGCAAACGCUCGCUCGAGUUCCAGCUGGCGCAGCUUACCAAGCAAUACAGGGGCAACGAGGGACAGAUGAGGGAACUUCAGGACCAACUUGAGGCCGAACAGUAUUUCUCAACGCUUUAUAAAACUCAGGUGAAGGAACUAAAAGAAGAGAUCGAGGAGAAGAACAGGCAGGUCCAGGAAGAGCACAAGAAGGUGCAGGAGCUGCACAGCGAAAGGGACUCGUUGUCGGCCCAGUUGGAUCUGACGGUAACCAAGGCCGAGUCUGAACAGCUGGCCAGGGCGCUCCAGGAGGAGCAAUACUUUGAGUUGAGCCAGGAGAACAAGAAGGCCUUGGCCAGGCACAAGCAGGAGCUGACAGAAAAGGAUUGCACCAUUUCACGGCUUGAGGAAUCCAAUAAAACCCUGACCAAAGAUGUGGAGAACCUCAGCAAGGAGAAGGCAGAAAUGGAUGAAAAGCUUCGAACUCAGAAGGAAGAGUAUGUCUCCCAGCAAGAGGAGGUCGCAAACGCAAUCAAGGCCAACUAUGAGAAGGUCCUCAGCACAGAGCGCACGCUCAAGACUCAGGCAGUGAACAAGCUGGCAGAGAUCAUGAACAGGAAGGAUAUGAAGCUGGACACCAAGAAGAAGGGCAGCACAACUGACCUGCGGAAGAAGGAGAAGGAGAACCGCAAGCUGCAACUAGAGCUCAAUCAGGAGAAGGACAAGUUCAACCACAUGGCCAUCAAGUACCAGAAGGAACUCAGUGAGAUGCAGGCGCAACUGUCAGAAGAGUGCACAUACCGCAAUGAGCUGCAGAUGCAGCUGGACAGCAAGGAGAGCGACAUCGAGCAGCUCAGGGAGAAGCUCAACGAUUUGCAGCUGCGCAUGGACAACUCCAGCGUCACCAGCCUGCAGACGGAUGAAACCGACAGCAACAUUGCUGAAUCCAGACUGGAAGGGUGGCUGUCCAUUCCUAAUAAACCUAAUAUCAAACGAUAUGGCUGGAAGAAGCAGUAUGUGGUGGUUAGCAGCAAGAAGAUUCUGUUUUACAACGACGAACAGGACAAAGAACAGUCCAACCCCUCCAUGGUACUAGAUAUCGACAAACUGUUCCACGUGCGUCCGGUCACCCAGGGUGAUGUGUACCGUGCUGAGACCGAGGAGAUCCCCAGGAUAUUCCAGAUCCUGUAUGCCAACGAGGGGGAGUGCAGGAAGGAGGCAGACAUGGAGACAGUCUCGCAGGGGGACAAGACCAACUGUCUGCCCCAUAAAGGUCACGAGUUCAUCCCCACGCUCUACCACUUCCCCUCCAACUGCGAGGCCUGCGCAAAGCCCCUAUGGCACGUCUUUAAGCCCCCACCUGCCCUGGAGUGCCGCCGCUGUCACGUCAAGUGCCACAAGGACCAUCUGGACAAGAAGGAAGAUGUCAUCGCCCCCUGCAAAGUAAACUACGAUGUGACUUCUGCCCGGGACAUGCUGUUGCUCGCGCUAUCCCAAGACGAGCAAAAGAAAUGGAUCGGCCACCUGGGCAAGAAGAUUCCCAAAACACCUCCCUCCUCUUUCAUGAGGGCGUCGCCCCGCACCCUGUCCACACGCUCUGUAGCCAACCAGUCCUUCCGCAAGAACCCGAAAAGCAUUACGGGCAAGCCAAGGUCGCAGUCUCAUUCUGCUACCACAGCCUCCAGCCUCCAAGCAGCAGACACAACAUCCAGCACUUGUUGACAACAACUCCUCCACACCAUAUUAUCAGAAGUUCUAACUUUUUAGUUAUCUCCUUACUGUUUUGGCCUGACUUUUUGUUAUUAACUGACUGUGUUGGUGUAUCUAACAACAGUGGAACUGUCUUACAUUUUGGUUCUUUUUGGUCUGACUUGGGGAAUUCUUUCCGUCUAAUUUGACACUUAACUGUUGUGGGUUGGUUUCGUUGACUAACUUUUAGCCCUAUGGAACUUUUCCUGUAGCAGGUGUCGCAUAUAUGGGUUGUUGCAUUUUCCUCUAUCAAGUAUGAUGCCAGAGACCAUUAAAAGCAUAUUGGAGAUGCAGUUGCUAUGUCUUAAAUGUUUUCUGUCGGGAGUACUAACUAACUGUGAAUUUACUUGCACUCUUUUACUGGACACCUGUUUUCUGUUCUUUCUUCCAGCUAACCAUCUGAACCAUUGGAUUCUGUUGGGACUUAUUCUUUCCUCCUUUAUUCUCACAUAAAAAAGGAGUCCCUAUUUUAUAUAAAUCAUUUGAACCAAUCUGACCAGCGCUGGAAAUUGGGACAAUUAUCUGACCCAAGGCCAGAGGGACACUGAGAAGACCUGCUCUUCCCCUCACACUCUCCUAUCCUCCCCUCUCAACCUGGGUCCUCAGCUAAGACUCCAUCACCCAGGCACCACAUACUUGCAACUAUGAAUUUCUUCCUGAAGGCGGCGUGGCUCAUCUUUUCAAAACUCGGGUCCUGAAUGGGGAAGAGAGAGGCUCAUGCCAUGCCGUUGGUAGUACAUAUUUCAGUCAUCAGUCAUGGGAAAAUCUUUCCUUUUUUUUUUUUUGAACUGGGGGUUUUGCUGGGAGUCUUGCAUGUAAACACGGUCAACACUGAGGUACUGUUGUAGGAUUGGCUAAACUCUGUAUUAAAUGGGUACAUCUUGGGGAUACAGAAAUGGGAUUCUUUUCUUUCCAUGUCUGUGAAAACAGAUACUCUAUCAGUAAUUGUUUUUCCAUCUAAAACGACUAUGAUGCCUUUGACUGAUGGACUCUGCUGGCCUUCAUUCUCCUAUCCCUUAUUACUCUGCACGUCAGUUAUAUCAGGGGUCAGUUGGGACGGAGUAUGUAUUGGGAACUGAGUAUUAAAUGUUUUUGAGUGAGGAGCAUGCAAGAUCAUCAUUUAAAUCUAUGCAUUAUUAUUUUUAUUAUUAAUUAUUGUUAUUUCUCCAAGCCAUAAGGAAAUUCCAUUGUAAUGGCGUAUAGGAGACCUAAAAACGUAAUCGAUUUGUUUUUGUUCAUUGGGUACAUUUUCUGUAAUAUUUUUUUUUGCUUGUAUUGUUUUUAUUUGUAAUGUAUUGCCUUACAUUGACUCAUAGUUAAAUGGUUCAAAAGGAAAACAUUAAGUUAACAAAUGUAAAACUGCACUGUUGAAUUGUAAAUUAUUUGUAGAAGACUAAACAGGUGUAGCAUUUGGCCCACCUAGUGCCUUAACGUUCAGAUAAUGAUCUUACUGCCAUAUCUGUUUGUGUUCUCCAAAAACAAGACAAAUCUUAACUCUUCCAUCAUUAUUUUUUUAUCUACCAUAUUGUGGUUUUAUCAGAACGUUCUCUGUCUGGUUUAUAUCAAUUGCCUCAUGAGAGUAAUGUGUUAUUGCAAUAGUGUAAUGUGUCAACACACAAGUUCCCCGAGUCUGGUGUGUAUCUCAUAACAGUAUCUGGACUGUGUACCUUGACGAAGGCUUGUUAAAGAUUUAGUUAUAAUAAUAUUAAUAUGGUAG